GACAGAGAGAGCAAAUUGAGAGUGUGUGUGCUUAAAAAAUAUGUAACAGAAUUUCUUAUGGAACUCUGAACUGAAACCCAGACAGACUGACAGUCAGUCAGAGUCAGAGUCACCAGCAGAGCCAACAACGUUGUCAGUGUCGUCGUUGUCGUUGUCGGCAAAACGCGGGCGUAGCAAAUUCAUUUCGUAAAUGGAAAUGUGCUGUAGAAAAAAGCAAGAGACGACGACGCGGCAAGCGAAUCAAAUGAAAUUUAUUAAAUUAAAAAAGCAACAAGAAGACGAAGAAGAAGCAGAAGACGUGCAUACGUUGAACAAACGGAAGUGAAAACUAACAUAGAGAAAUAAAUAAAUAUUUAUAGGCAAAUAAACUAAACAAAACAAAAGCAACGCACAGCAGCUAUGGGCAAGGAUCAGGAGUUUCUGGAGGCGGCGAGGAACGGGAACAUCAGUCACAUCGAGAAGGUGCUCUCGCAGAAGGGGAAGCGGGCGGGGCCGUUGGCGAGUCUGCGGCGCACAGGGGUUAAUGUCCAGGACAGCGGUGGCUACUCGGCACUGCAUCAUGCCUGUCUCAAUGGGCAUGAGGAUAUUGUGAGGCUGCUGCUGGCACACGAGGCAUCCACAAAUCUACCCGACUCGCGAGGAUCUUCGCCACUGCAUCUGGCUGCUUGGGCCGGAGAGACGGACAUUGUGAGGUUGCUGCUGACGCAGCCGUAUCGUCCGGCCAGUGCCAAUCUGCAGACCAUUGAGCAGGAGACGCCGCUGCAUUGUGCCGCCCAACAUGGUCACACUGGCGCCUUGGAGCUGCUGCUGUACCACGAUGCGGAUCCCAAUAUGCGCAAUUCUCGCGGCGAGACGCCUCUGGAUCUGGCUGCCCAAUAUGGUCGCCUGCAGGCGGUGCAGAUGCUCAUCCGUGCGCAUCCCGAACUCAUCUCACAUCUCAGCACGGCGGCCCUGGAGAAUGCAACUCCGUCGCCCUCAUCGCCAUCGUCGCCCUCGCGCCACAUCUUUGCCCACACCUGUCUGCAUCUGGCCAGUCGCAAUGGCCACAAGAAUGUGGUCGAUGUUCUUCUUGCUGCCGGCGUCUCGGUGAAUCUAUUGACGCCCUCGGGCACGGCGCUCCAUGAGGCGGCUCUCUGUGGCAAGGAGAAUGUGGUGCGGACUCUGCUGCGGGCUGGCAUCGAUCUAUCGGCCACAGAUAACGAGGGACGCACCGCCUUGGAUAUACUACGCGAAUUUCCACCUCAUGUGACCAAGCACAUUAUUGCCGUGAUCAACAAUUUUCGUCACCAAAUGGAGACGGAUGAGGUGGACGAGGUCAUCUAUCGGCAGCACUCAAGUUCAGGGCGUGGUCAGGGCAACAAUCAAGCACAAUCGCAACCGCACAACAACUACAAUCACUAUCACUUCAACUCGAACAAUCACUUGCUGAACCACUCGCACUCGAUGCAACAGUCCGGCUACAGUAAACAACGACUAAGUGCGGGAAAUGGAGGACACUACAAUGGCGGCAAGUCCUUGGACAGUGCACUGCAGCCGGAGGACAGAUUCUAUCAGGAUCUCAAUGCUCACUCGCCAUUGCACAUACAGAACGAUAUGGGAGGUGGCUAUAGCGUGAGUCCCUCGUCCUCGCUGAGCAGCUUCGAGCCGGCCUCCGUUUCGCCCCGUUCCCGCUGCUCCACCGGCGGAGGCACACAGCCCCUGCAGAUGAGCACCUUUGCACCCAGUGGUCCACCAAAGAAGCCGCCACGUCGCAAUCUUUCCGUCUCACCAACGCAUGCCGGACCAGGACAACAAUUCAGCUACAGUUCAAAAUCGAGUCAGGGUCAAGGUCAGCAGCUACGACGACGUCCUCCGCCCACCGACAGUCCGUACUCGCACCAGAGUCACGGCAGUGUCGGAGGCAUGAGUUUCGACGAGACUCAACUCCGGGAAAGACAACGCAGUGAUCGACUCUAUGCCAGUGACCGGCAGAGCACCAGAUCCGUGGCCGCUGUUGCCGGAGGCAUGAAUCUCAGUUCCAGCAAUGACAUGCUGGAUCGUCAGUGUAGCAGCUCGGAGCUCAACAGUGAGACAAGUGUGCCGAACUCAAGCGGAGAAUCACCAGCUCCUGGCUCACAUAAUGCUACUAAUUCCAUGAAGCGGCCCAUUCCUGCCCAGCGGAGUGCCUCCACUAAGUUAUCCAAGGAGCUGCUCAAAUCCUGCGAGAAUGCCACACUCAAGUCCUAUAAUCCCAAUCGGAAAUUGAAGCGUAAUCGCAAUAGCUGCUCUCUCAAUGUGCCCGAGAAGCCGGAGGUCGGUGAGCAGAACUGUGAUCCCAAACAGCAAAUUCCAAGCAGUCCGACGCACUACAAGCAACCACCGACUCCGGAUCAUCCACCUCCCAGCUCCAGUCAGGCCGAGCGCACCAUCCAUGAGCGGAUUCGUCCGCUGAGCCAGGAGUACAAGCGUCGUUCAGCUCUGCUUCAGCUGCAGGCGGCGCAGCAGCUAAUGAUCGAGACGGGAUCAUCGCCGUCGAAGCUGCUGCCGACACUGGGAACUCCGGGUUACGACUAUGAUGAUACGGUGACGGUGGUGCCACGUUGUCCCGCACCUUCAUCCGGCUCACUGAGCUCCAACAUUUCUUGCUCGGAUCACAGUCUCUCACUGUCCACGGAUUAUGUGGAGGAAUUUGUCAGCGAUGUUCCAUUUGCUGGCCUGCUCAAGGGCUCCACACAGCACAAGGAGCGGAAGGAACAGGAGCAGUACAAACAGGAGCUAAUCCCACAGCUGCCACGUACGCGUCCUCCGAUUGCCACAAAGCCGCAGGUGCCGGAAAGGAAAUUUGUAAAACCACCGACGACGCCGUCACAACACAGUGCAGAGAUCAAGCUGGAGACAAAUGGCAACGCUGACAGCGAGAAUGCUCCUCGAAGAGCAGACAAGUCACCAGUGAAGUCAGUCGUCAGAUCACCAGCCAAAUCGCCAGCCAAAUCGCCAGCGAAAUCACCAAUCAGCGGUCAAUCCAUAGCACGCAAUUCCCUCAAGCUGUUGAGUCCCUUCAACGCGGAGGAAGCGCGCAAAAAGAUCUCCGAGAUCAUUGAGAAUUUCGGCAGUGGCAUCCUUAACACCAACAUAACGCCCACCCACGACAUUGAGCUGGACUUUGAGGACCUCGAGGUGCUUCCUGAGCGACGCGAGUUGGCCGUGAGACUUCGCAACGCGGGGUUGCUGCAUCUCGAGAGGAUUCUCUUUGAGAACGGCUACGACAACUUCAAAUUUAUGCGCAAUGUUUUUGAGGAGCCGGACAUUCCGCUGUUGCACAUUCCAGAGCGAGAUGCCACAAAACUCCUAAGAUUCGUGGAGACCUUGCCUCCAGCGGAGUUCCUGCCACAGGUGCCCUUCAAGACGCAGCAGGAGAACAAGCAACUGGGCGUGGCCAGCCUCCAACAGUGGCUGCACAGCAUUUCCCUGCCCGAGUAUCUAGAGUUCUUCAACAAGCAUCUGUACAACACCAUUGAAAGUGUCUGUGGCGUUUGGGAUGUGGAGUUGCAGACUGUGCUGGAAAUUAAUAAGCUGGGACACCGCAGACGCAUCCUGCAAUCCUUGGCCUACAUCCGACAGAUGCGAGAGUCCAAGUCACAGAAGACACCGCUGGCCGAGAACAACGAGACCAACAAAAUGACAACGAAUGGCAACAAGGAAGCAACGGCAACUGCACAAACAACAACAGCAACAACAACAAACACUGCAACUGCAUCCAACAACCACCAAACACAAACACCGCAGACAAACACAAAUGCUUUGCCGCAUCGCAAUUCCAUCACGGGAUAUCGCAAAAAUCGUCCUGCACCACAACCACCUUCAAUGGCGGCACAAAAAGCGGCUGCUGCCCCACUGCAAAUACGUGCACCCUCGGAGCUGCUGUUGGGAUUGCCGGCCAACAUGCGCACCACCCAGUGGCGCCACACGGCGCAAACUCUACUCAAUGAGCACAUCAAAUACGAGGUUCAGUACCUCGGCUCAACGGUUGUGAAAGAACUACGUGGCACAGAGUCCACCAAGAAGUCCAUACAAAAGCUGAAGGCGUCCUCCAAUGAGGGGCAGGAGGAGAUUGGCAAACAAGGCGCACCACUCACCCUGGCCAUUUGUCAUCGCGGCGUGGAGUUCAUCGAUGUGGCAAGCAAGCGCAUCAUUUGCGAGCAUGAGAUACAAAAUAUAAACUGCGCUUGCCAGGAUUCCGAGGAUCUGCGACACUUUGCCUACAUCACCAAGGAGCUGGACAUGCACUAUUGUCAUGUGUUCCUUGUGCCCAGCACGGAUAAGGCUAGCGAGAUAAUCCUGACACUGGGCCAGGCCUUUGAGGUGGCCUAUCAGCUGGCACUGCGGGAUGGCAUUGCCACAACUCCAGCAUCGCUGCUCGACAAUGGGAUGCUCCAGGGUGAAUACUGUGGCGGUGGCAGCAAAUAGAGACAGGAGCUGGCCACCGCCCAGGCCCAGAAACAG